GCAACUGGCUGCAACAGCAACUGGCAAUAUCAGUCGAGAGCUGUAACAACACCGGAGUAGCCGAUUGCAUUGCGUGCAACAACGUGCUGCAGAUAUAAAUAGCCAAAGGCAAUGGCAACCUGGGCCCUUAUCCAUUCUGGCUGAUCUUUACGCACAGGAGGCGGCAGGCAGGCAAGCAGCAACAACAUCUACAACGGAGCUUGAAUUCGGAGAAUAAAGAGUGUCGGAGUUCAGAGUUCAAGCGGUUGCCGCAGAGAGCCAAAACCCAUUUAUAUGGCGUUAAUGAAGUGCCCUGAGAUGAAGGUUUUAAAGAAAACGAAAUGAUUAAAACCAAAACGAAUACUAUUAGACACCAAAAAUUAAGCAAGGCUUAACAACAGACUUUCUUGUUAAGCCUCUCAGAAAUAAAACACCAUCAAGAGAUGAUAUAUAAAUUAGCAUACUUUCUGCUCUUGACCUUGGUCAACGCUCAAAAUGAGUCCUUAAGCCUGUAUGAGCCCUCCAUAAUUCAUGAAUAUACUGUAAAAGGACACCAGGGCGUUCCUGGUACCCUGAUUUGCCAUCGUCCUUUACAUUUUGCCUUUCGAGCCCUCUACCACUUGUCAGGCGGUGAAACCAGAAAGGAUUUGGAGAAUCGCUGGAAUUCCAAAUGGCCAGUUCAUGCAUACAUGUCCGCCUUCGAGUGGCCCAAGAGUUGGGGCUUCAGGACCCUCUUGGUAAAACCCAUGGAAAUCACCGAUUCUGCCAGAGAGGCCCUGGAAAAUGUAAGCGAACUUGAAACAAUGGAUUUCACGAAAACCCAAGAAAGUGUUUCCGAAAUCAAUGAAAGAGUGCAAUUACUUACAAGUCCUAUGGUGGACAAAGUAUUAAAAAAAAGAAAUCUUAGCCAAAAAACCAAAAUGGUUUCCAUAAGUGCUGGUGUAGUUGAGGUCUACUGGAAAUAUCCAUUUGCCUCAGAAAACACAGGUUUGGAACUUUUUAACGGACAUUUCGGUGAACAGGGUGAGGAGAGGGUUGCAAUGAUUCCAACAAUGAGACAGUAUGGGUUUAAUUACACCUACGCCCAACUGGACGAUGGAGAAAUGCUCCUAAUGCCCUUGGCAGGCAGUGACGAUGUCUUCUUUAUGAUCCUUUUGAGCUCAGUUGUGUACAGCUCCCAGGACUCAAAGCCAGUGAAGUUCGUUAUGCCAAAAUAUGGCAAUAUAUUCGAUUUAAUUAAAAAGGGUAGUUCCCGCCUGGUAGAUGUUAAGCUGCCCAAGAUGAAAUAUUCGUACUCAGUAGAUCUUGUGCCUAAAGUUUUGCCCAAAAUGAGCUUAAAUAAUCUCUUAAAUGAAGAUGCUGAUUUCGGGAAUCUUUCCAGCACCGAUGAUCUUAGACUUUCCAGCAUGCUACAUACUUCAGCCAUUGAUUUGGACGAAAGGGGCAUUAAUGUGGCGAAGAACAGUUUUAUUCUAAACCAAGAUCCAAAUAAUAAUUAUGAGCCGUUCACCGAGUUUCAUGUGAAUAGGCCUUUCUUUUUUGCCAUUUUAGACAGACAUCAGGUUUUUCUAAGUGGAGAGUUUACAGGUCCCCAAUAACAGGAUUACAUUUACAAAUCCUAUAUAGAUUAAGGAAAAUAAAAGCCAUGAAAAGAGCAUCUCUAUGAUA